AUGCCUAAGAACGGGAAACUUGCUGUUGAAUUUCUGAAUAAGGUUUUAGCUGAGGGUGCCAGGAUACCCCCCGAAGACAUGAUGUUUUCCUACAAGGGAGUGUUGUUUCCUGCUGCAGUUUGCAACCCGGGCACUCUCCAAGCUCUUGAAUCCUUUGAAGCCAGGACAGAUGAUAUAAUCCUGGCAGGAUAUCCUAAAACUGGCACUAACUGGCUCGAUCACAUCAUAAACAACUUGGAAAAUACAGCAGCAAAAUAUACAGAAGAAGAGAUGAAAAAAAUAACGGAUCUUGAAAAAGAAUUGGAAGUAGCUAUGCGCCUUGAGUUUGGAGAUCCAGAUAAAUUCAAGAGGAUGAAGAAAUUACCUUCCAGAAGAAUCAUCAUUACUCAUCUGUCUCCUCAUUUACUACCUACAUCAGUUUUUAAAAAUAAAGCCAAGAUACUGGUGCUGAUUCGAAACCCCAAAGACACGCUGGUAUCUUAUUUUCAUUUUAAAAACAAAGUGGGGUUUUUUCCUCCUUCUGGAUGGGAUGAUUAUUUUACCAGUUUUAUGGAUGGCAAAGUGGGUUGGGGCUCCUACUUUGACUAUGUAGCAGAAUGGGACAAAUAUACUGAUGAUGAAAACAUUAUAGCCAUCAGUUAUGAAGAACUGAAGGAGAAUCCGAAUGUGGGAUUGAAAGAAAUAGCCCAGUUCCUUGGAUUUUCUCUGAGUGAAGAAGAGAUUCAAAGUGUGGUAGAGAAGAGCACCUUCACCGCUAUGAAAGAGAAAGCCUCAGAAACCCAUGGAACGUUUGGUGACAUCUUGUUCCGCAAAGGAUCGGUUGGCGAUUGGAAAAGCAUGUUCUCAGAAUCCCAGAACAAAGAAAUGGACGGAAGGUUUGAAGAGUGUUUAUCCAGAACGAAACUGGGAGCCAAGAUAAAAUACGAUGUUUACUGUAAGGCGUGA